AUGGGCCAUGAAAUGCUAAACAGUUCAAACGAAGCAUCAAGUCCUUUCCACGCUCGACCGGGAAGAGCAGUAAGCAAAGCAUAGUCCGACGACGUCUUUCACCUUCCCCUGGUCGAAUCUCUCUGUCCUGCGCUCCUCCAUGUCGAAUCCGGGCGAAUCCGAGAAGCAGGAGAAGAAGAAGAGGACGAACCCCAUCGCUCUGUUCAUGGCCUUCGGCACGAAAGGCGACGUCUUUCCCAUCGCCGCGAUCGCCGCUGCAUUUGGUGGAGAAAUGAAGGACUACGGAGUGUUUUUCGUCACCCAUUCGGCGCACCAGAGUUUGAGUGGCCAUUUGGCCAAAAAGUGUGUGACGUAUGUGCCAAUUUCAUCACCACCUGUUCUUGCUGUUCAGGAAGAUAGUGGCCGUGCAGGAUCAUCAGCGCCAUCGUUUUCUUUACAGAAGAGGAACAUUACCGACGCGCACAGACAAGAAUGCUUAUCCGCAGUUGAGAGUAUCUUUGGACUCGAAGAAGUCAUGGCCGGUGACUUUAUUUUGAUCAACUUCUUUGCUCUGGAGGGAUGGAACCUUGCAGAGCUUUUUCAGGUCCGUUGCAUGGUUGCUGCUCCAUAUGUUGUUCCUUAUAGUGCUCCUGCAUCAUUUGAGCGUCACUUCAGGAAGGAAGUUCCAUUGCUGUAUAAUUAUCUCCAAGAAGCUCCUAGUAGCAAGGUCUGCUGGAAAGAUGUGAUGCAUUGGAUGUGGCCACUUUUUGCUGAAAGUUGGGGCUAUUGGAGAAGUGAUGUCUUACAUUUAAGUUCCAUUCCUUUUACGGUCAGUGCUCUCAACACUUUGCAGGAUCCAGUGACAAGUCUUCCGACGUGGCACGAGAGGGAUCCAUCUCCUCUACUCUUGUAUGGGUUUAGCGAGGAUAUUGUUGAACGCCCUGAUUAUUGGCCAUCAAAUGUUCAAGUUUGUGGAUUCUGGUUUAUCCCAAUCGAGUGGCAGUUUUCCUGUCAACAGUGUCUUGAAGUUGCAGCACUUGAUUUAGAAGUGCAUUCAAGGACAGAUUACUCAACAUGUUCUGUUCAUGUUCAAUUGCAUUCUUUCCUAAAGACCGAUACUUCAAUGCCACUUGUUUUUGUCGGCCUGAGUUCAAUUGGGAGCAUGGGCUUUAUGCAGAACCCUCAAGCUUUUCUUGCUGUCCUGCAAAUUGUUAUCAGAAUUACAAAUUACAGGUUCAUUCUUUUUACUGCUGGUCAUGAACCCUUACAAGCAGCAGUGCUUACUGCUGCUGCAGAGGAAUCAUCAAGCUUUAGUAAAAGACAGUUCAAUGAAGAUGGAAUAAGCCUAUUCAAUGGACGACUCUUCUGCUUUAGUGGAAGCAUUCCAUACCUCUGGCUGUUCCCAAAAUGUGUAGUUGCAGUUCACCAUGGGGGAAGUGGGUCAACCGCGGCAGCACUUAAAACUGGUAUUCCCCAGGUAAUUUGUCCAUUUCUCCUGGAUCAAUUCUACUGGGCUGAGAGGAUGUUCUGGCUUGGGGUGGCUCCGGAACCACUUAAAAGGUGCCAUUUGCUCCCGGAAAGUACUGAUGGCAUUUGCAUUAUGGAGGCCGUAGAUGUGUUUACAGGCUCCAUACACACUGCACUUUCUGCUACAGUCCAAGCACGUGCUUCAGAAAUAUCUUCACAAAUUGCUCACCAGGAUGGAGUCUCGGAGGCUGUGAAGAUUCUGGAAAGGGAGAUAUGUUGUUAAGGUGGAAGGCUCCUUAAACUGUACUUCAUGUUGUUAUAGGGGUUUUGGAUAUGCAGUGCACAGCGUAUACACUGCAAUGAAAUGGAUUGUAUUCAAGACAGUAGAUGCAGGGAUGGAAACAACUGUGUUUGGAUGUCUAGAAUACUUUUACAUGAGAAACAUCGUUGCGGUGCAAUUAAGAAUUGCCUGCAGACAGAAGAAGACUCGAGCAAGAAAUUCAUUUAAUGGCA